GGUCGCUGUAAGACUCCCCGGUAUUAUCACAGAAGAGCAGAAGAGGAUGUUCAGCCGCUGCUGCUGCUGUGGCUGAACAUGGACGGUCGCGCUUUCGGUUCAGGGUUCUCCAGCUGGAGAGGAGGAUCUUCCAUGAGAGGUUCAGGUGACUUUGACCUCUAUGGCAGUAAGGACUCUAUGUCCAGGAGAGGCAGUUUUGGAGAUGAAGGUUAUGAUGGCGGUGGGGGGCCGAUGAACAGACGUCUGUCCGGGAGUCCUUUUAUCUCCCCUUCAAGGACAAGGGCAGAUGACCUCAUCAGCAAAAUCAACCAGCAGCUCGACGUGCUCACACAGCUGGAGGGAAGCAUGAACCGAAGGGGUCGCAUGGACAGGUUUGACCAGUAUGAGUCUGUCGACUCACGUUCCUCUGCCCUUGGUCCCCGCGAUCUCUACAGAUCCAGUAACUAUGGUUACGAUGACUCCUGGGGCGAGAUGACGGCCCAGCGUGAAGGUGUGGGCUUUGGUCCAAUGGGUGGACCUGGAGAUGGAGGUGACUUCGACAGUUCCGCCUCCUUCAGAUCCGCCAAAAUGUGGCAGGCUCGAGAUGCCUUCUCGGGCUCCGGCUGGGGGGCGGGACAGAGGUCCCCACACAGGGGUGGAGCACCAGGGGGGUACGGCUUUGGCGGUAGGCAAGAUUCCUUCUCUGUGGGGGGUGGAGGUGGGCGGAAGGGAGGGCAGGACAAGCUGCCAUCACUCCUGGCCCACCGCGUAUACCCCACGAGUGGGGCCUUCCAGCCUCAGCGUGGCUCCCAGGACUAUCCUGACCGGCACUUUGGAGGGGGCCGAAGGGCCAACCGACAACGCAGCCGCAAGAAACCCCUGAAACAACAGGUGAAAUCCCAGCAGGAUGGACAGAAGAAGAGGAAGCACUCUGAGACUGCAACUGAUGAGCCAGACUCUAAAAUGGCCAAGACUGAAACUGCAGGAGACAAGACCAGCGAUGCAGGUCCAGCAAAUCAGGAUGAGGACACUAAGGAGACUGAAGCUGCAAACACUGCCUCCGAAACAGCAGCUGAAGGAAAAAGUAGUGCUUUGUCUGCUGAAGAGGAACUUUCUCAGCUGAAAGAGAAGCUGCACAAAAAAACGGUUCCAACCUCUGCCAAGUCUGACAAUGCAGAUCAGACAGAUGAGUCUAAGCAGGCUGGAGCUUCUGCCACGCAGGACACCAAUCCAGAAGCUGAAGGACAGAGCAGUGCUCUGUCCAUUGAGGAGGAGUUGUCUCAGCUGAAGGCGAAGCUGCAGGGCAAACAGAUUUCCGAUGAAAUCAAACCAAAGAAGAGGCGAGGCUUCUUUGAAAUGUCGGGCGUAAAGAUCACUGCUCGGAGAAUAUCUUUUGUAUGUUCGGUAUGCAAGUUCCGCUCAUUCUACAGCGAGGACAUGGCAGCCCAUCUGGAGAGUCAGUUCCACAAGGAUGUCUUUAAGUUCCUGGCCAGCCGCCUCAGCAAACGCACCAUGGACUUCCUGCAGGAGUAUUUGAAUGUUAAGCAUAAGAACAUGGAGAAAACUGUCAGUAGGAUAAUGAAUCACAGUGCUGCCAUCUGCCAGCUCUACAAAGAGCAGGAUCUGACCCGAGACAUUGAAAUGGAGCAUUUCAUGAAGAAAGUAGAGGCGGCUCACUGUGCAGCGUGUGAUCUCUACUUUCCCAUGCAGUAUUCACUCAUCCAGAAACACCUCAAAUCUCCUGAUCACAACUACAACCGCAAGCGCAUGAUGGAGGAGUGCAAGAAGUCUGGUUUGACUGUGGCUCGAAGCAUCCUGAACCACAAACCCAUUCAGCAGAAACUGGAGCACUACCUGAAGGGUGAAAACCCUUUUGCUGAUGAACCAGACGACCAGGACCUCGAGGACUCCAUGGUGAUUGAGGCUCCAGAAGCUAAUCCGACCAGUGAGAAACCAGAAGUGAAACAGGAAGAGGAGGAAUCAGCAGGUUCAUUUCCAGCUGAAGAGGCUUUAGGGAAGCCAGUGGAGCAAGAAAAGCAAGAGGAACAUGAACAAGAGGAACAUGAAGAGCCAAAGAUAAAGCUGAAGGAAGGUGAAGGAGCAGAAGAGAUAGAAGGAAAUCAAAUAAAAGAAGAGAAAGUGGAGGAGGGUGAUGUAUAGGGGGGACAUAGGGCUCUCUAGUGAGCUUUUGGAGCUUUUUUCAGGGAGGGGGUCACAGUUACUCUCGUUUAUGAAGAUAGAACCGGCUGAACUUACGGACUGAUAGUUUUAACCGUCCACAAAAAUAUAAGUUGAAUGUUUAUAUUAAUUUGUUCUUUUGUUAUUGCUCUAUUUCAGUUAAUUUCAAGCUUCCGCUGGACUAGUCUUUUAGUUCAGUUCCAGGAAUAAUCUGACACUGUUUCCAGGACAGGGAUUGAGCAUAGUGCUGGACUAGAUAAUAUUUUGAAUUCAGAUUUUCUAUUUGAACAAAAAAAGUAUAGUCCAUGACAGGUUUAAUCCCUGUUUAAGAAAGUCUGAAGUUAGAAUUGGGCUGGGUUCAGAAUAAGGCUCAGUGUCAAAGUUCAAUAGUUUUAUGGCACUGACUGAAUUACUUUAAUACUGCUGCAUAUCAAAAUAUUUAAUAUAAUUAAAAAGCAGAUUUCAACACAUACGUAGUUGGUCUUAUCAGGAUCUGUUAGCCAAUUUGCUAGACUGCUAAUUGGCUGUCUAAACUGCAUUUAAUCGUCAGCAUGUUGUUAACAUCAGCACUAUGUAAUUACUCUGCAGUUUGUUGCGAAAUAUACUCACUGCCAGCACCUCAUGCUCAUUUUUAGUUUAAGCCACACCCACUUUGAGUUUUAUUGUUUAGGAAUUGGUAUCAAAGUCAAGCCAUCAGUGUCGAAAACUUUUUCAGUAAAACUUUAACUGAAGGGUAGAAUCCUUAAGACUACAUGACACAUAAGCCUUUCAUGAUAACUGGCAAACCUGCAUAAACAUGUAGGAAGGCUUAUUCCAACAAAGGUCAGUUUAUAUAAAGGAUGCUUUUGUCACUUUUUGUCAGUUCACCUGAGCAAGGGUUGUGAUAACUGACAGUUGUCAGUAUGUCAGUUGUCACGGAAGGCUUACGUAGGUGUUCUGUAGCCUUAUGAAUGCUGCCCUGUAGUGCAGUGACCAAAAUUUUAACAAUACCUAGCCCAAGCAGUUCCAGAGCAGCCUGCACCAAAUUAGUAUGGAUCCUCAGGAGCAGGGUGGGAGAUACCUGCUGUUUCCUUUGAAUAUACCCCUGUGUCUCUUUCACAGUGAAAUGGUCAUUUAACGUAGAAACUGAAGAUAUUCGUGAUGUUUCAUUUCUUCUGUGAUGUGACAUCAAUAUUCUAAAUGGCGCCUCAAUAUUUUUUUUUUUAGAUCUGAGGGAGUUUGUUUUCUUUGUGUUUCCAUACAAGGGCUUGUACUUGUUACAUUUGUGGAUGGAAAAAAGUUUGUAUGUUCAGAACAUUCUUCAUUAAAGACAGUUAUUUGGAUAUUUUUA